AUGAAUGUUGCCUCCAAAGCUUUUCUCCGAGCGAAUAUGGGCACAGCUGUAUCCAAGAGGAAGACUCUGAGGAAUGAUGCUAUGUCUUCUGUAGCAGCGAAAGUUAGAGCAGCAAGGGCUUUUGGAGAGUAUCUUUCACAAAACCACCCUGAGGGCAAAAACGGCUCAGAUCACCUGUUAGCGGACUCCUAUAUUGGACAGGAAGACUCCCCUGAGAUGCAGCAGGCAGCUCAGAACAAGCGCAGGCUGUCCGUCAUCUCAGAUGGCAAGUUUGAGAGGAGCUUCUCUGAGGAACAGGCCGAGAAGAUCCCGAGCGAGGGGCCGAAGGCACGGGUGUAUACUAUCUCCAGUGAGAGGCCGAUGCUGUCGGACCACGAGAACGAGAGCAUGGAAUUGGUGGUGAUGAAAGGCACUGGCCGAGAGGACUGCCAUCAUGGCCAGCCUCUGCAGAGCGCUGGCAGCUCUCACAACAUUAGCAGGCAUUGCAAAGGCUGGGCAGGCAGUCGGCAGGGCUCCAAGGAGUGCCCAACCUGUGCUCAGUUGGCAGCCCACUCCCAGCACUCCUUUGACCUGGAGCAGCACCAGUCCAGCGAGACAGGAUGGCGUAGGAAAAAGCUGGAGAGGAUGUAUAGUAUUGAUCGAGUGUCUGAUGAUGUCCCCAUACGGACCUGGUUCCCCAAGGAGAACCUCUUCAGUUUUCAAACUGCUACUACAACUAUGCAAGCCAUCUCGGCAUUCAGGGGCUACGCAGAGAGGAAGAGACGGAAACGAGAAAAUGAUUCGGCAGCUGUUAUUCAGAGGAAUUUUCGGAAGCAUUUGCGCAUGGUGGGGAGCCGCCGGGUGAAAGCGCAACGCCAUGAUCUUCAGGACUACUGCUGUGCUCUGGAUGAUGACUUUGACUUGAACUGGGAAACAGAGAAGGAACUUGAAGCUAUGGCAUGUGAUGGAGAUGACUUUAUUCCACCCAAAAUAAUGCUUAUUUCUUCCAAGGUCCCCAAAGCUGAGUACAUCCCAACGAUUAUCCGCAGGGAUGACCCCUCCAUCAUCCCCAUUCUCUACGAUCAUGAACACGCCACCUUUGAAGAUAUUCUAGAGGAAAUAGAGAAGAAGCUUAACAUUUAUCGGAAAGGCUGCAAGAUUUGGAAGAUGCUGAUUUUCUGUCAGGGAGGUCCUGGCCACUUAUAUUUGUUGAAGAAUAAAGUUGCCACCUUUGCCAAAGUGGAGAAGGAGGAAGAUAUGAUCCUCUUCUGGAAGCGGCUGAGCCGAUUGAUGAGCAAAAUCAACCCUGAGCCAAAUGUCAUUCACAUCAUGGGCUGCUACGUUCUGGGAAACCCCAAUGGGGAGAAGCUAUUUCAGAAUCUGAAAAACCUAAUGAAUCCUUAUAGGGUUGUCUUUGAAUCACCAUUGGAACUUUCAGCUCAAGGGAAGCAAAUGAUUGAAACUUACUUUGACUUCCGUCUUUACCGCCUCUGGAAGACUCGCCAGCAUUCCAAACUGUUGGAUUACGAUGACAUUUUAUGA